GUGAAAGAGUGCCUAGUUGCAACACAGGAUCUACCCUAUAAAUUAAUAUUGACGACAAAAGCAUAUGUUAUGAAGGGCUGAGGACUUCACAAUUUCAAGAUCUACAAAAGCUAGCUAUCUUUGCGUCUUGCGGGUAGAUCAUGUGAAGAGGUAUGAAGAUUCCGUUUACAUGUGCUUUCAUAACUCUUGGCAUCAGGCGACGAUGCUAAUCACUCCUCAUAUCUCCUUAACUUUUCCCAGCAAUAUAUAAAACAUGUAGUGGUAUGUAAUUCAACCAACUUUCUCUCCCGUAUGUACUGUAUAUGUCAGAAGUUAUAUAUGCAUGGGAGUGAGUUUUUCUUACUAUGGGUCAUUGUAUUUAAGAAAGCAAGAUGUCUUCCAGCUCCACUCUAGCUGACAGGGAAUACGGAAUGACAUUAAGACAAGCAUUAGAACUUGAGGAUCAUAUUAAGGGGCUGGAGAACUUGCUGGAAAAAAUAUCACUAAACCCGCAGUUCGAAGUUGUUGGUGAGGAAAAUACGGGUCGUGUGGAUUACGCAAUCAAAGCACUUGAGGAAUUAAUUUACAUCACGGAGAGUAAACAAUAUCAAAUUGCUAUUGAAAUAUCAAAUUGCAUUGGUGGUGUAAGUCAGUAUCGGUUUCAUAGCACUAGUUGGUAUAAAGAUGCCAAAAAACUCGAGGACAUCGUUAAUCGUGAUCGGCAAAAAAGAUGUAUAUGUCAAGAUAAUGGAAUCUUUCUUCUCGAAGUAUGGUACGAUCAAAACCCGGAAAUCGUUAUUCCAGAAAGGAUACGAAAAAUUAAGGAGUACGUUAAUAAAGCAUACAAAGUCUUGACCUCCUAUAAUCAAUAACU